GGAAGAUUGACAACACGUCUGUGGAGCUAAAUUCGCCCUCCGAGGUGAAGCAGGCAGCCAUUGAGGAAUUUGAGCCAAUCGCCCAAGGAGAUGGGAGCACCAAGAAGAUGAAGGAGCUCCCAGACAGAGGUUCUUGGAAGGGCAAAUUUGACUUCUUGCUGUCCUGCGUGGGCUACGCCAUUGGGCUGGGCAAUAUCUGGCGGUUUCCAUAUCUCUGUGGCAAGAAUGGAGGAGGGGCUUUCUUGAUUCCCUAUUUUCUGACGCUGGUGUUUGCUGGGAUUCCUGUCUUCCUGCUGGAGACAGCUCUCGGCCAGUAUACCUCUGUUGGCGGAUUGGGGGUCUGGAAAUUAGCGCCCAUGUUCAAAGGAGUGGGCCUGGCUGCUGUGGUUCUCUCGUUCUGGGAUAAUGUCUAUUACAUUGUCAUCAUUGCCUGGGCACUGUACUAUCUCUUCAACUCUUUCACUGCAGAUCUGCCAUGGCAAAGCUGUGGCAAUGCCUGGAACACAGAGAGAUGCUUUUCCAACUACUCCCUCAAUGAUACCACCAACCUGACCAGCGCUGUGACCGAGUUCUGGGAGAGGAACAUGCACCAGAUCUCUGGUGGCCUGGGGGAGCCAGGUAACAUCCGCUGGCCCCUAGCAGGCACUCUCGCUUUAGCUUGGGUUCUGGUCUAUUUCUCCAUCUGGAAAGGAGUAGAGUGGACUGGAAAGGUUGUGUAUUUCUCAGCCACCUACCCUUACUUCAUGUUAAUUAUUCUUUUCUUCCGUGGAGUCACUCUACCGGGAGCCAAGGAGGGAAUUCUCUUUUAUAUCACACCAGACUUCAGCAAACUCUCUAAGUCUGAGGUCUGGAUGGAUGCAGCCACACAGAUCUUUUUCUCCUAUGGACUGGGGUUGGGAUCUCUGAUUGCCCUGGGAAGCUAUAACUCCUUCCAUAACAAUGUAUACAAAGACUCAAUCAUCGUCUGCUGUAUAAAUUCCACCACCAGCAUAUUUGCAGGAUUUGUCAUGUUCUCCAUUGUUGGCUUCAUGGGUCAUAUCACCAAGAAGUCAGUUGCUGAGCUGGCAUCUUCAGGUCCAGGACUGGCUUUCCUCGCCUACCCACAGGUUGUCAUGCAGCUGCCCAUGUCCCCUCUCUGGUCGAUUCUCUUCUUCUCCAUGUUAAUGAUGUUAGGCCUUGACAGCCAGUUCUGCAUCGUGGAGGGGUUUGUCACAGCCCUGAUAGAUGAGUAUCCCUAUCUCCUCAGGGCCAGGAAGAAGCUCUUCAUUGCUGUGGUCUGUCUUAUCUCCUACAUUGUCGGAUUCUCCAACAUCACCCAGGGUGGCAUUUAUGUCUUCAAGCUGUUUGAUUAUUAUUCAGCCAGCGGCAUGUGUCUUCUCUUCCUCGUCUUCUGUGAGACCAUCUCAAUUUCCUGGUGUUAUGGUGUGAACAGAUUUUACAGGAACAUUGAAGAGAUGAUUGGCUACCAACCUUGCAGCUGGUGGAAGCUCUGCUGGGCAUUCUUCACUCCCCUCAUUUGCGUGGGUGUUUUCUUCUUCAGUGUGGUUGAAAUGACCCCUCUGACUCUGGGGAAAUAUGUCUAUCCCCCAUGGGGACAGGGCAUCGGCUGGCUCAUGGCUCUGUCUUCCAUGGUGCUGAUUCCGGGCUAUAUGCUGUACUGCUUCUUCACCUCCGAGGGGACCAUCAGGCAGGUGAUCCUUGCUCAGAGCUCCAUAGGAUGGUAUGAACACUCACCACCCCUCCCCGCCACUCACUGCGUUUUCAGCAGAUGACUCAGCCCACGCAAGAGGUGAAUGUUCAGAACAAUAGACUAAAAGCAAAGACCUCACUGAAGGGGAGAGUCUCCGAUGCUGCUGUCUAGGCAGAGGGUAGAACCUCUUCAUCCUGCUCUGUAGCUGCUCCUGCCACUGCCCUUUGACCUCCUCUGACGCUGCUUGUGUGUCCCCAACUCCACUGUUGGUUUCAGUCAUCGUGGGAAGGAUCUAACAGAGGAGCCAUUUCAUGGCACUGCCCCCAGCCCAGCUGAUCGAGGCUCUGUUUUAAACUCCAUAAGGACAAGCCACUUGCAGUAGCUAUAUAAUCCCUCACCCACAAUGGUGUUCUGUAACAUUUGCAAUGGCUACUGUCUAAAUUCUUGCCAAGCUUUUCAUCAUAUCCAGAGAACAGAGAUUAAAUUAAUGUGACCUUCCUGUUUUCUCUGAUUAAAUAUACCCCUCUGACCUACAACAAGAAGUACGUGUACCCCUGGUGGGGAGACACCUUGGGCUGGCUGCUGGCUCUGCAUCCCUCUCUGGAUUGUCUACAAACUCUCUAUGAUCAAGGGCUCCCUGAGAGAGAACACAACAUGAUGUGACCAUGCACCUCCCUCCAGAAUGUCCUCUGCUUGCCAUGAGGCUCCUCUAAGCUGGCUUUAGAGACCUUCUGCACUUGGGGAUCCCUGAACUUUCUUCACCAACUUUUGCCCCCUAGAGCAGUGCAUGGGGAUGGUCCAUAACCUCUAUCUCCCUGUCUGUGGAGAAAAGCCUCUGCUUUUUGCUGACAUUUCCAUCGGCAGAGCACCUCCUGAUGCUGACAGAGCUAGAGUCCCAUUGUUAGGGCCACUGUGGCCCCCUGGAUUGUUUGAUACACUCCUUCCAGCUGUCAGAUGACUCAAGGAUUCUCCACUUGCCGAGGGGAGCAGGACUUGUGAGCUGAUCUCUCUUCUGCUGGAGCAUUUGAUGGGAUCAGCAGGGGCUGCCAUAGAAGGGUCUCCAGGGACAGUGUGGAGUCAGCAAUGCACCUCAGUCAUCUCCAGGGGAGCACACACAGGAGCUGAUUCAAACAGCUGAGAGACCCCAACGCUCCAGUGGGUGGGACAGGAGAGACUCAGCCCUGGAGUGGAGACUGUCAAAGGGUCACAGAGGCUCUUCUCCAACAUGGACUUUUAGGACCUCUCCAUUCAUUCCAUUAAAUCCUUUAUCUUAUCACUUC